AUGUGGUGGGUCCUCGCCGGCAAAGCCGCCAAAAUCGGCGCCAACGCCUACAAAACGCACCAAGCCAAGAAAAACGGCACCCCCCUCGACACCAACACAACCACCCGCUCAGCGCCCCUCGCCCCUCGCCCCGUCCGCUACAAAGCCUACGUCGAACUCACCCUCUUCUUCCUGCAACUCGUCUUCGGACUCACGGUCAUCGGUCUCUACGGGCGGGACGUACACUCCGCGCGGGAGCACGGCGACCCCCAGAACGCGAAGUGGGUGUAUGCGCUCGUGACGGGGUUCCUGGGGGCCGGGACGGGGCUGGUGUAUUUUGGGUACGGGGUGGUGAUGAUGAAGCUGGGGCGGUUGGAGAGGGAGAGGAGGGUUGUGGGGUCGAUGGGGAGGGUUGGGUGGGGGGUUGUGUUGGUCGUGUUGUGGUUGGUGGUGUUUGGGGUGUUUGGGGGGAUGUAUAUUGGGGUUUAUGGGAGUGGGAGCGAGAAGGAGGUAGAGAGGACGAAGAGGAUGAGGAGAGCUGUUUGGGUGGAUUUGGUGAAUUUGGUGUUUUGGGUUGGGACGACUGUUAUUGAGGGGUUGAGGUGGUGGAGGUUGCGGAGUGCUGGGGGAGUUGGGGAUAUUGAGAUGCUGAAGGGGGAGCCUAAGGGUGAGGGUGAGGCGCCGAAGGAGGCUGCUUCGGUGUGA